AUGCACGAAUGUCAAAAUUUAAUUAAAAAAUUAAGAAUGGCGAAAAUAAAACAAAACAAAAUUAAAACUAAAACAGACGUUAUAAAAAAAAAAUCUGUUACCAAAAAACUAAAUAGGAAAUGGGAAAAAGUUAAAAUUAAGGGAAAAGUACUCACUGAUGAUGCUGGCGGCUUCGAGGGACUUAUAGGACUUGAGGUGUUGGAGAAUUAUGAACCAGCUUUAGUAAAAAGUGGGAAAAUCAAGCAUGGUACCAUACAGAAGGAUGAAAAAAGUAAAUCAAGAAAACGAAAAGUGGAAAAAGAGGAAUACGACGAAGCAUAUGAUUCUGGAACUGCUACAGAAGAUAACGAACCCAAGAUAGUUAAAACUAAAAAAGAAAAAUAUGCAGAACGUAAAGCUAAAAUUUUAGAGAAACGUAAAGAACGCAAAGAGAAAAGAAAGGAGAAAAGGAAAUCCAAAACUACUGAAUCGGAGGGUGAACAGGAUGAUAGCGCAGAUCGGGAUGUGCAUCCAGCAGGGCGAUUUGUUUUAUUAAGGCCAGCAAGUGCAAGUGCAAAUGCAAGUGAUGACAAUGAGGAGCAAAUUCCAGAAUUGAUCAAAAGUGACGCUAAAGCUGAGAGCGCUGGUAGCAUAGAUCAAUUAGAUGGUUGGAAUGGCUUAGGUGUACCUCACACAAUAUUGCGUGCUAUAGCAGAAAAUGGCUUCAUAUCGCCUACAGAAAUACAGGCUAUGACAUUGCCUGCUGCAAUUAUGGGUAAGAAGGAUAUACUGGGUGCAGCCGAGACUGGUAGUGGCAAAACACUUGCUUUUGGCAUACCAAUAUUGGCUGGUAUAAUGGAGCUGAAAGCAAGGAAAUCGAGUAGAGGAAUACGGAAAGCACCAAAAAUUAAAGGGCACCAGGAUACAAAGCAACAAGAAGAAGAUCGUGAACUAACACCCCCGCUAGAUGAGUUGAGCAAUUUUCCGCCUUUGCCUUCUGAAGACGAAAACUCAGAUGAUGAAGAAAAUACGUUAAAUAGCAAAGCAAGCAGUAGUCCGUUAUAUGCACUAGUAUUGACACCGACACGUGAGUUAGCUGUGCAAGUUAGGAACCAUAUAACCACUGCAGCAAAAUUUACUGGCAUACAAGUGGCGGCUAUAUUCGGUGGCCUAUCAAUUGCUAAACAAGAGCGUAUACUUCGAAAAUGUCCAGAAAUUAUUGUAGCUACACCAGGCAGAUUAUGGGAGCUCUAUCAAGAAGGCAAUCAUCAUUUGAGCAAAAUUGAUGACAUCAGUUUUUUGGUUAUCGAUGAAACUGAUCGUAUGGUGGAAAAAGGACACUUCGAAGAACUACGCAAUUUACUGACUGUGCUUAAUGCUGAUGAGGCAAAGAAGCACACAAGGCAGAAUUUUGUCUUCUCCGCGACACUGACAUUGGUCCAUGAUUUACCGGAUCAUAUGAAGAAUCGCAAUACAGGUAAACGCCCGAAGUUUAUAAAGCCAACGCCAGGUUUGAAAAUACAGCAAUUAAUAGAGGAAUUGGGUAUUUCUCAACCGAAAGUUGUUGACAUAACCAGAAGUCAACAAACUGCACAAAACCUCACAGAAUGUCGCCUCAUAUGUUCCAUGGAACAGAAAGAUUAUUAUCUCUACUAUUUUCUGAUGCGGCAUCCUGGACGUACCAUAGUGUUUUGCAACUCUAUUGAUUGUGUAAAGCGUUUAGCUACACUCUUUGGUUUAUUGGACUGUAAUCCUCUGCCACUGCAUGCCAAUAUGAUACAAAAACAACGUUUGAAAAAUUUAGAACGUUUUCGGGAUAAUGCAGAUGGUCUUCUGAUAGCAACAGAUGUGGCAGCACGUGGUUUGGAUAUACCCAAUGUGGAACAUGUCAUACACUAUCAAGUUCCACGUACCAGUGAAAACUAUGUACACCGUUCUGGGCGUACAGCGCGUGCUAAUAAAAAUGGCAUCACCGUCAUGUUCAUGGAACCGGGCGAAGUGAAAAACUACGUGAAGCUAUAUAAGACAUUGGAUAGAAGUGAAGAUCUUCCAUUAUUUCCUGUAGCUGAUCGCUACAUGAAUGCAGUUAAAGAACGAGUAAAUGUGGCACGUGAAGUUGAUAAGGAAGAGCUUAAGCUUAAACGGACUCAAACGGAAAUUGGUUGGAUGAAGAAACAUGCUGAAGAAAUGGAUAUGAUUAUUGAUGGCUAUAAUGAUGAUUCUGGCAGUGAUCAAGACGAAGACCCUUUCAUACUGGAACGUCGCAAAAAUCGUUUGCAUUUAGAAAAUGUUCGUGCAAAAUUGAAAACUCUGCUUUCCCAACAAAUAUUUCCGAAAGGGUUCAGUUUUAAAUAUCCCACAAGUACAGGUCAUCUAGAGAUGCCGAACAUUCCUGCUUCCGCUCAAGAUAAUAGCGCCGUAAAAGUAAUGAAAGAUGCGAUAGAAGACCUCAAACUGGCGAAGAAAAUGCGAAACAAGAAGAGAAAGAACACUGGAGCAUGAUUGUCUAUCGAUACUUGUUUUGUUGUACAAAAUUGUCAAAGAAGUUUGAAGACGUUUUAUACAUUUAAUUACUUAAUUACAAGCUGAU